AACUUCACCAAAAACACGGAAGCGGAAGUAGCGUGAUAAGAAUGAUGUUGCACUGAACUGUCAAGUUACAUUUGUUUACAUCAGACUUUAUUUUCUCUUAUUGGUGAAAGCCACGUACUGGUUUACAGUGAGGCAUUUCAGUCCAAUUUACUCAAGGAUAAAGAAGAGAUUUUCCAUCAUAGCGAGAGAAAUGAGGAGCUUUGUUUCCGGAGUUAUGUUUCUGCACUUCUUGCUGUUGAUUAUACCUCACAUCAGCUGCUGGAAUGAUGAGGCUGUGUUACUGCAUGAUGUUCAGGUGCUCACACUCCACAGAGGACGCUACACCACUGCACGGCGCUCCAGUCCUGUUACACAGCUGCAGUGUAUCGGAGGAUCUGCUGGCUGUGGAUCAUUCGUUCCUGAGGUGGUCCAGUGUUACAACAGAGGAUCAGAUGGCAUAGACACACAGUGGGAAUGCAAGGCUGACAUGGACAACGCGUACAGGUUUGGGCGCGUGGAGGUCUCCUGUGAGGGCUAUAACAGUCCCAAUGACGCGUAUGUGCUGAGAGGCUCCUGCGGUCUGGAGUACACGCUGGAGCUCACAGCAGAAGGGAAGCAGCAGCACACGCAGGGCUCUUCGGGCUUCUCAGGCUUUGCCUCAAACUUCUUCCAAGGCUUUUCCAAUAAUAAGCAGCAGCAGCAGCAAAGCGGAGGCCAUUAUCAGCAGUCUAACGGCCAGUAUCCCUUCCAGAACGGCCCAUCUGGUGAUGGAGUGGGUGGGCUUAUAGUGGUAGCUUUCCUUUUGCUGGUGGCAUAUGUUGUGUACAAGAUGUUUCUGUGCAGUCCUACUCACGGCCACCAAGGUUACAGUGGAGAUGAAUCCCAGGGAUACAGCGGGACAUGGGAUAACAGCCAGGGUAUGGAGCCACCGCCACCUGGAUUCAAACCAGAUUAUUACUCAGCAGACCAGUCAAGCUCAAAGCCCGGGUACGGCUUUUCUGAUGCGUACACCAAACCUCAGAGUUCUUGGACUGGCGGUAACACUGGUGGUUUCACUGGCGGUAACACUGGUGGUUUCACUGGCGGUAACACUGGUGGUUUCACUGGCGGUAACACUGGUGGUUUCACUGGUGGUUUCACUGGCGGUAACACUGGCAGACACACUGGUGGACAUGGUGGGGGUGGAUUCUGGACUGGAAUGGGCACAGGUGGAAUUCUGGGAUAUUUGUUUGGGAAUCAGAGACGCCAGCCACCCAUGGGCUUUGCAGGACCGUCUUACACCAACCGACCUUCUCCAGCACCAAAAACAAGCUCAGGAACACGGACUGCCUCAGGUUUUGGAGGAACUAAAAGAAGAUGAUUGAACAACCCCAGUUCUCAGAUUGGACAUGAUCAACAGACAAAUUACAAAGAAUUACAACUUUUUCAUACUACUGUUCAUUUAUUGCCCAGACUUUGCUAAACUAGAUGUAGCAUAUUACUGCUUUGAUUGGUUUGUUGCUGUGCUCUGAAAACAACCUGCCUUCUUUCAUUCUGGGCUUCACUAUGGGUUUACAAAACAACACAUUCAAAUACAAUGGAUCCUACUGUUUAUUAAGUGUUUAAUGCAGUUUCUUCCCAAAAGGAACUGUUAUUUAAAUGUUUUAAAUUCUUUAAAGACUUUUUCUAUAUAAAUAUACUUCUGUAAAUAAAGUCAACAUUAAAUAAAAAUGGACCCUAUUUACUCUCUUAAUGCGAGUUCCUGGCCCUAUUCUGCUAUGAUACAUCAAUAAUAUUCCAAAGUUAAAAAAAAAAUGUCUUCUAAUAAAUGAUUUCUUAGAAAAAAAUAUAAUCGGAUUUAGUUCUGGCUCCAUUCUGGUAUAGACAAUCUUCCCAGUGGAUAAGUUCUUGCAUAGUUUCUCAUUUAAAUUCGGUUUAAUGCAGAAAUAUGAAAGUACAAUAGGGUUGCAAAUGGAAUUUCAUGUUGACUUUUUUUUUUCUUAAUAAAAAAGAUAAAAUCAAAAUCAUGAUUUUUUUUUUUUUUUUGUGAGUGUGAGAGAUUUCUGGACAUACCUAAGACAUACUGUGAUAAAGUUCUUAGGCCACUGGCUGUUGUGAAAACAUGCAAACUCAUUCGUUAAGGUAUAAAGUGUUCAUUGGUUUACUCUAGUACUCAUUGCUUUUUAUAUUAAAAUUCUGAUCUAAAGCUCUUCUUGCUACGACUAUUCUUUGCCGUUCCUAGUUCUACAAUAAUAAUGAAGUCAGGGUGACGUUUGUAGGUUAACAGUUGUGUACAGAUCUUUUGAAGUUUGUCUCCAUUAAAUUAUCAUGCUCACCUGAA